AUGGCUCAUCUGGUCGUUUGUUCAAUUAGCGAUCAUAGUCUUGGCUAUGCCUGGGCAUCAGCCAAGGAAUUCGGCACAGUCAAUUCCCUUACAUUCGGCCUCACAGUCUCAAAAGGGACAAGUGUUAUUAGAAGGUGCAUCUCAAUUCUUGUGCCCAGCUUAGCACGGGAGCAAAGGCAGUGCCAAUAUUGCAAACCACGGAUCGAAAAAACGGUGGAAGACAUUUGUUACAAAAGCCGAUGCGGGUCUUUCACAGUUGCUAACGAUGCCAACCUCGAGGCCGAGCUUGGUGCCGAGUACGAAGCCAAGGUCAAUGGUUACAAACGUCCCGGAGGGUGCCCUAACUAUGCAGCCAGCAAGUCACGAGAUAAGUCACCAGACUGCGGUAUGCAUGGAGGCCCAGUAAAGACUGGCGUUGUCUGUACUUGUACGAAUGGCGUCACAAAAAAGACUUCCUACCACCGCGAUUUGCCCAUUGACGAUACCCCGCCCAAAAGGACCAUGACGCUCUCUGAUAUUACAAACGGAGCACUCGUCCGCUACGUCGUCGAUUGUGUUAACGCCUCUGCUCCUGCCCUUGUAACCGUCACAGCCUGUUAUCUCUCUCAAUUUUAUAACGGUCUUCCCAACACUCGUAGAGUGGUUAACGGCCAGGAUAGGGUA